AAAAUGAGUCUUCUAAAGAGAUCUUUCUUUACAUAUUUCACCAAUUUGUGCUCAUGAAUGGCUGAUUUUUCAUUCUCUGCAUCCUCAUAGAAGUAUAGCUGACAUGGAGAUGAAGAAGUUGUUUGGGAUGUUGCUGCUGCUGCUGUUCAUUGUUUCAGCUUCCGAGCCGAGCGAGGCAAGAGUUUGCGAGUCAAAGAGCCAUCGUUUUAAGGGACCAUGUCUGAGCCAUCACAACUGUGGGAUGGUGUGUAAGAAUGAAGGUUUCUCAGGUGGGAAGUGCAGAGGCGUCCGCCGUCGCUGCUUCUGCACUCGGCGCUGUUAAUGGCUUUCUGGCCCCUCAAAUCCUUGUCCCCAUGCAAAAUCUUGUCCGAUAAUAAAAUAAACUCGUCUUUUAUAUAAUGGGAGAAUCAAUUACUCAGUUUAUGUUGUUUUCAUUUAUCACUCUUUUAUAUUUUUUUUUCUUUUUUUUUUUCCUCCAAUUUCCAUUGGACGAAGCAUGAAUAGACUCAUCAACAUGGUACCCAUGAAUAUUGUUAAAUCGUUCUUGUGAAUCAACUCCAACUUAAUUCAAUUUAA